AUGGCAGCGACAGGCGUGGACGAGGUGGUGUACAGAGACGAUGACAAAGUCCUGUCCAGCACUGAGAAAGCCGAGAAGAUCUUAUAUGAGGAGAAUCUAGGCGAAAGCACCAGCAGUGACUCCGGUGACGAGUUCACCUGGACGGUCGAGGAGGAAACCGCGGUCCGACGCAAGCUCGACAAGGUCAUCGUACCCCUAACGACCUUUCUUUACUUGCUAUGCUUUCUUGACCGGGCCAACGUUGGAAAUGCGCGGAUCCAGGGAAUGGCCGUCGACCUGGAUCUCGUCGGCGUCCGGUUCAACUGGGUUACCUCAAUCUUCUACAUCAUCUACAUGUUCGUCGAAGUGCCCAGCAAUAUCCUGUUGAAGAUUAUCGGUCCCAAGUACUACCUACCGCUUCUGGUGUGCGGUUUUGGCUUUGUCUCUAUGUGCUCGGCUUUUGUCCAGAGCUUCCAGGGGUUGCUUGCCGCUCGAGCUUUUCUUGGGGUCUUUGAAGGAGGCGUGAUGCCCGGCAUCGCGUUCUUUAUCACUUGCUUUUAUAAACGCCAAGAGCUGCUGUUUCGAGUGGGAAUCUACGUCUCUGCUGCAUCCUUGGCUGGGGCCUUUGGCGGCCUUCUGGCUACAGUCCUUUCUCGUAUUCCUCCAUGGGGGGUUUCAUCUAUGGUCAUCCACACCUGGCGCAACAUAUUCUUCUUCGAGGGCCUCUUCACCAUAAUCGUCGGCCUCGGUGCUCCCUUCCUUAUGCCGACGAACCCCGCCGAAUGCUGGUUCCUCAACGAACGCGAGCGCAGAAUCGCCGCACUGAGGCUUCAGUUGAAGGGCGGAGCCGACGAAAAUGAGAAAGUGGAAGUUAAACACGUCGUCAGGUCUUUCUUCAAUAUCAACAACUACAUGUGCGCCGUGGGAUUCUUCCUCAUCAACAUCACCGUCCAAGGCAUCUCGCUCUUCAUGCCUACCAUUCUCAACGACCUCGGCUGGACCGCUACAAAAGCUCAGCUCUACUCCGUACCGCCUUACGUCUGCGCUUGCAUUGUCGCUAUCGCGGUUGCUUUCGUCUCAGAUAAAACCAACCGACGCGGCAUCUAUCUUGCGGCGUUCACGCUUCUUGCUAUCACUGGUUUCGCUAUCAUGAGAUGGGCUACUAGCCCGAACGUUCGAUACAUGGGCAUCUUCUUCAUUACCCUUGGCGCGUUCCCCGGCGGUCCCGGCUUCCUCUCAUGGGGGAUGAAUAACGCGGCCGGCCCCGCCGUGCGUGCCGUAUCUAGCGCUUAUAUUGUUACACUUGGCACCGCAGGAGGCAUUCUUGCUACAUGGACAUAUACAAACAAUGAAAAACCGAAAUACCCCACCGGACACACCAUCAACCUCGCCGGGCAGUGCGGAGUCUUUGUUCUUGCUCUUGCCGGUAUCGCAUACUGCAAAUGGGAGAACAGACAGCGCGAUUUGGGCAAGCGGGAUCACCGACUCAAUGGUCUCAGCGAGGCAGAAAUCAAAGACCUUGGCUAUAGGAAUCCUGCAUUCCGCUACAUCACGUAA